ACAUAAUUUGACAAAAAAACAUUUCAGAUAUAAGAAUUCGCCACUUUCAACAAUUCUGUUAAUUUCCAUGAGGUUCUAAGCAUUCCCAGUCCUUCAAAUAUAUAUUUGUAUUUUAGUGGCGAUUAUAGCGUCGCCACGGAAACAGUGUUUAAUACACGGCCAUAAGUUAUCAUCCAACUGUGGUGGUUGUGGUGCUGGUGCCGGUGAUGACGUAGGUCUGGUCUCACGUGACGUUUGAGUUCUUAAAGUGUGUGAAUGUGGACAGUCGGAGUCAGAGGAACUGUUGGUUGGUGGUUGAUCAGUCAGUGAGGGUGGGGGGUUGAUGCUGAGUAAGUCCAGAUUACAUGUGUUACUGUAUAAAAAACAAAUGUAAAAACAAGAAUGAUUUCUUUCACUAAAGCAUUUUUUUCUUUUGGGGGUAACGUUUUCAAUAUGUCUUCACUGUUUCAUCACUUCACACAAGAAUGAUGUUCAAUUCAACCUCAUAUUUCAUUCUUGACGGUUAUUUACAUGUAGGAACUUUGAGAUACUUGUAUUUUAUGUUAACUGCUGUGACGUAUAUUUCCAUCGUUCUUUCCAACGUGUUGCUGGUUGUGGUGAUCUGUGUGAACAGAAGUCUUCAUGAACCCAUGUACCUGUUUCUGUGCAGCCUGUUUGUUAAUGAACUGUAUGGUAGUACAGGCUUGUUCCCGUUCUUGCUGCUUCACAUUCUCUCUGAUUCUCACACUGUUUCUGUUCCUUUUUGUUUCCUGCAGGUUUUCUGUCUUUAUACAUAUGCACAUGUAGAGUUUUGUAAUUUAGCCGUCAUGUGUUAUGACAGAUACCUCGCUAUCUGUUGUCCUCUGCAGUAUAACACACGUAUGAGCUCUAACAAAGCGCUUAUCUUCAUUGCUGUGGUGUGGUUGUACUCUUUUGUCAAAUUCUUAAUAACUUUAUGCUUAAACAUCCGUUUGACUCUGUGUGGAAACAGGUUGAACAGUUUGUAUUGUCAUAACUACCUUGUAGUGAAGUUGGCGUGUUCUGACACCACAGUGAAUAAUAUCUAUGGACUGUUUGGUGUUGUUCUAACCGUCUUAAUUCCUCUGCUUCUCAUCCUUUUCUCCUACAUGAAGAUUCUUAAAGUUUGUUUUUCUGGCUCCAAACACAUGAGACAAAAAGCCGUCAGCACCUGCUCACCUCAGCUGGUGUCUCUGCUCAACUUCUCCUUCGGCUGUUCCUUUGAGAUCCUUCAGAGCAGGUUUGAUAUGAGCAGUGUUCCCACUGUGCUGCGGAUCGUCCUCUCUCUGUAUUUCCUCGUCAUCCAGCCGCUGUUGAAUCCUCUCAUGUUCGGAAUGCAAAUGUCAAAACUACGAAAUGCAUGGAGACGUGUUCUGUGCUGUAAGAUGUUGGCAGGUUGCAGGGAUGCUCUGUAG